AUCGCGUUGCGCCCAAAAUCUUGCCAGGGAAUAAAAUCGGUAGUAAACUCACCUUUGUGUCGUUCUUUGGCAAUAGCUUCGCGAAAAGGUCGACUGCCGAGCCUGUGCGAACUUCCACUGCGAAGAAUAAAGGUCAUAGUGAUCCUUCGUGACGAUCUUGGGAUUCGUUCAGUCCCUAUUGUUGGUCUAGAGACGCGUUCAAGUAUCUGCGUGGAUUGCACGCAAUAUUUUCCACCGAGAUUCGUUAAUCGUCAUUCCGGUUCUACGGUAGUUACCCGCGACGCUAGAAUUAGCUUCUCCGCUGCUACUCUCGCUGUCGGGCAUCUUCCUGUAGCGCAAUGCGUUACAUGAGAACUGGAGCAGCCGACGGACUUUACAUAAUGCGAGGGUUAUGAAUAUACGCGGCGGAGCGAGCCGAUUCCUUUUUCUCAUUGGUAAGCGUGACAUCGUUUCGCGAUCGCGGAAAGUGGUGUGAAGAAGGCUUAAAACAACGCGAAGGUUCAUCUAUCCGCCGUUGUCCCUUUCACUGCGAACCGACCGCGUGGGAGGCCCGUUCAGGAUCUCGUAGCAAUUUCAGCGAGAACUAGUCUUCGCGGUUCAGUCUCUGUCGGAGUGUCUACCGCGGACAGUCACUAAAUUAACCGUGGAUUUCGAGUGACAAGUAUCACGCCGAAAAGACACGCGUGCUUAAUCGGGACUCAGUGGAACGUGAUCGAAUGGGAACGACGAGACGUCGAUUCAACAGCGAUCGACUUCAAUUGAUUCCGUUAUCGAGAACGAUUUCAAAAAUUCGAAGCAUCUGGAGUGUGUAAACGGGACCCGUCACCAGCUUGUGAGACUCCGAACAGUGUUAAUUAAGCGGUUAACAAAAACGUUCGAUCAAACGACAAGCAUUUCCGAGCGAAACGUCGAGGAAAAUACCGAAUCACGGUGCAAUCAGCCGCAAGAUCAAUCGGAGACAAUCGAUUUAUUAUUGAGGCAAUUCUGGCCAGCGGAUAUUGCUCGGAUCGUUGAUUUCCCAAGAGAUCGCGGAGAACCGGGUAGCGGUUCGCUAAAGGGAAUCAAGAAACCGGUGAAAACGGAGUCUGAGAAAACUCGAGCGAGCUGGCGCACACCGGUGCACGCGUGCAGCCGUAUAAUUGCAUCGCCUCGUAAUCAACUGGCAUUGCAUAAUAUUCACCGGCGAGGCGAACUCUGUGGCAAAACAACGAAGAAAGAAGAACGUGGAAGUAACCCUCGGCGCGUUUGUGUUUCCACGGAUCUGUUCACCGCUCAUUGGAUCCACCUCGGUUAGACUGUUCUUUCUUCCCCGGUUGUUCGUUCUCGUUCCAUUGUUGCGGGGGAGUUGCGCAACGCGAGCCCGCGAGUCACGAAGAAAAUCCGCGCGACGCAGCCACGAGGAUUUCAAUUAACUCCGGAGCGGUUAGCAUAAUUGGCCGGCCGCCUCGUACUGCCAGCCCGGAAAUUAUCGAAGACUUCUGCUGGAUGAACGCGGCGUAGCCAGUGAAGAAUUAUUACGACUGCCGGCUGGCCGGCCGCGACGACAGUGGAACCAGUCUCGAUUCACCUCGGCGAGAGUCGAUUCUCGUGUGUCGCGUGCUGGCAUACACGCGCUCGCACGUAUACACGUACACACGUACAUGUAACACACAGACGAGCGUUUCCCGUGGACUGGUGUCACCCGGUACAUUUCGUUCACGGUCAAGUGCUCUUUGUUCCGAAGCAACAGGAAGCGCUGAGCAAUUUCCGUUGGACACCGGCUCGAUAUUUCACGUAUGCGUAUCUAGGAAAUCGAGCGACGAUGCACUGCCGCGCGGCAGGUGCGCGAAAAUUUUCCCUCUUACCGUCGACAAUUUCCUUCUGCCUGUUCUAACCGGCUGCGAACAGGCUCGCGUGCGAGGACCUCGGUUUGCCUGAUCAGCCCGCAGCGAACGGACAAUGAUGGAGAACGUGUACGUGAUAAAGGUGAAAACCAAGCCGCCGAUAUCAUCCUUGUACCCUUCGGAAAGACGCUAUUCCGCGUCGACCGUGGGAGGUCUGUCCUUCGUCCACUUCGGACUCGGCGCGCUUUCCCUGUUGCUCGGCAGUCUAAACGUGUCUCUUCAAGGACCAAUACUAUCGGCCGCUUGUCUGGUUCCCUUCGUGACGGGCGUGCUCGCUUGGAGAAGGUGGUACAUCGAUCGGAACAUCGCAAUUUUUUUCUACGGGAGCCUGUUCUCCCUGAUCGCGGCGGUUCUCUGUUUCAUCAGCAUGGUUUUCGAUAUCGCGACCGCGGUCGGGAACUCCGGAGGGUCCGUGUGGUCCUUGGAGGAGAUCCUCGAUCAGCCUCGGGACCCGUCGCACCUGGAGAAACACCUGACCAACAAGACUCUGCUGAACGAAACCGCGUCCAUCGACGAAGAGACGUUCAACGCGACCAGUGUCUACGAUCAGCUUCAUAACGUCAAUUUCAACGACCCCACUCCUGGGAUCGUCCUCGAUAAUAUGUCGAACAUAUCUGGAUACAUCUUGAGAGCAUCGACGAGCAGUCCUGGCGGGUUCGACUCCGAGAUUCCAGGCGAAAUGUCAGUCAACGAUACCGUUUCAGGAAAAGGUUCCCCGAUGGCGUCUAAGGGGAACAUGCAAGAGGACUCCGGUAAUGUCACGGACGAGUCCGUGUUGACUAUAAAGAACAGAGUGGUGUCGAUCUGGUCGAAGCAUUAUCAGAACCUGUCGCACGCGGAUAUCUUUCUGACGGUGAACGUUCUGGUCGCGUCCCUCUUCGAAGCGUUCUGGUCGACGCUGAGCGCCAGGAUAGCGUUACGGGGGAUGAUGAACCGAUUGCCUGAGUCGAGCUACGCGAAUCACGUGACUGGCCGAGAGAGUUCGGAGCACGCCGGUCUGGGGAAGAGGAAAUCGCCGGCACCGAGGCCGUGCGUCCUGGAUCACGAUCGAAGGUUGUCGGAGAGCUUGCAGAAUUUGAGCGCGCUGCACGGUCUGAGGAACCCAGGGCCUAGGUUACCGUUACCGGAGUCUAGCAGGGAGUUCAGAGAGAGGGUGGAGAGGUUCUUGGCGAACCAAGCGGCGCACAGGGUCGUCGAGGGAUCCUGUUCUUGAGGGGGAAAGUGGGCCGCGCGUGAAAGGACCGCGAGGAACAGAAAAGGAACAAUGUGUAGGAACGAUGGCGGUCUUGAUUAUGAAAAAAGGAAAACGACGAAUCGAGAAAUCUGUUGUAGCGUUUAUCGAUCUCACACCGUAGGCUAGUAGCGUCGCUCCUGAAUUCCGUGGCUGUAAGGUCGGCCGACCGGCCGACUCGCAUUAUGCAACGUGUCUAAUAAACUUUCAUGGGAUACCCGGCAAUUUUCUUCGUUCCUUCGCCGCUUCAUUAAUUAAUUCGAGGCAAUUGAAACGUAUUGUAUGUAAUUUGUAAGUGAAUAGGAUCUCGCGAAGUCGGCCACGAUUGCGACACGGCCGUGCGCCGCGGCCGAUUCAGACUGUAUACAGUUAAGGAACGGUAGUUGUUCGCAACGAGUCUUCAUUCGGGGAGAUCGUAUCAAUCACGACGCGAUCCUGGAAAAUGGUUAAUUGCGAUUUAUUCAAUUCGAGCGAUGCGCUCGUUCGCGGUUAAUUAAACCUUCCGCGUGAGCGUCGAACGGUUCCGGACAAUGGUGCACGGAUAGAAUGUUCUAGUUCGCGAAACUACGACUCGGGGAAAUUUCUGUACAGUCGCCGGUUGCACGACGGGAAUGAUAAGCGGACUCCUCUCGCGUAACCGGUUCCAUUGUUCCUUAUUCGGAAUUUUCGAAAGAUAGCCAGCGGUCGGUCGUUCGAAUGAAGUUUUCUCGCGUGUACCACGAGCGAACGAUUGUUUCCGCGAUGGCGCUGAACAGUCUCGAUUUCGAAUGCUUUUCGCCCGGUAUAGUAUUCGAUUGAACUUGAAUACGAAUAUGAAACAACGGUCGAACGAUACGGUGAGAAUUAUAGUCCCGUUUUCCUGGUGUGCCGAUUCGAUCUAGAUCGAGCGGGGCGAACGUUGCCCACAAUGGGUUCGAGCUCUCGUACGCGCGCAUAUACGUGUUGCGAAAGUUCAACGAUCGUGCCACCGGUUGCGAAAUCCCAUAAUCUGAUAUUGGCCAACGCGGAGAGCGCGGGAGUUUACCAAGAAAAUUGCUGACAAUAGGUCUCGCCGUGGCAAUAGAGCCCGCAUUCCUCGUUAAAUGCUUACCUGGGCGUAUUUCUGCGACAUAUCGAUCGAGAUAGAACUGUUGACAGAGGAGCAAUUACCGUCGGCUCUGCGCCCGUUCCUUUUUAAUUGGAUCACCGUUUCCUUUCAAACAAAUAAUACCGGUUUAUUUCGGGAAAACGUGUUUGUCCAACGGUUCUCCGCGUUCGAUCUGGCGUGGAGAAGAAUUGUAACAAACAGACCUGAGUCGAAUGUUCGAUUGUGUGCUCUCCGAGUUUAUUAGCGCUCGAACGAAUUUCUAGGAUUCACCGAGGGUCCCCUGUCACACCGUUUCUUUACAAAACGAAGCUUUAUUUCUCAUUAAUGAUCAGUUACAUCGUUCGACUUGCUACGUAGAUCGCUCUUAAGGUACACUUUAUCGAGUACACAACGUUAAACUACUCCCUCAAGCUAGCUUUUGUCUCUUUCACGCCUGGGUAUCCCGACUAUAAAAUAUUCAUCUGCUUCGCGUGUUGCGCAACGUACGGUUGACGAACGGCGAUAAACGGUCGAUAGUUAAGUAAUCCGGUACGUUAGCCGAGCAGGCUCGAUCGUUCCGCUGCGCGUAAUCUUUUUCUUGGUCCACCUGAAUUUGUAUCUCGAGAGCGAACGCGGCAUUGCGGCGCAACAUGCUCGACGAAGCUGACGUAGACCGUGGCGGUCUAAAUCAAAUUGCUCGAGGGCCGCGGCACGCGGCGGAUCCGCGUUUUUCGUUAGAAAAAGGAAAGGAAUCGUAAAAACGAGAGCGUGUGUAGAUGUAAAUUCGUGAAAGUCAGACUUCGCCGCGAAUUCCGCGGCACGCCGAAACGUUUCGUCGGCUCUCCGCGCGCCUGGUAGUCGAGGGACGUUCCACGAUCAGGAUACACACACCGUUGGCAGUGACCGAACACUCGGCAGACCCGACGAAACCUUCGCCGGCGCUGCGAAUCCGAACGUGACGCUUAACGGUGAACAGUUUUUGCAACGAUUAGCGGCUAAGUGUGAAAUCGAGCUGACAUCUAGCAAGGUAUUGGCAAGAGUAAAGCACACGUUUGUACAUGGACGUUUCUAACGAGCGCACGAAGAAAAGGUCCUCCGUCGGAGGGGCAACGUGACUUUCGGAAACUUUCUUGUCGUCCUGCGAGGCCUUUUCUUCGACGUUUCACCUAUGAAACUAAUUAUUCCUCCCCUCUCUCCCCGUCUCCUCGCGUGCGAGUCUUCUCUUCGGCGUACAUCAACGAUUAAUGCUACAAACAACACGGGCGACAUCGCUUAAUUAACAAAAAUACCUGGCUACGGUAGGAUUCCACGCAAACACGUAUGAAUUUGCGGCUCGCAAUCCACUUCAGACUUCGAACGACGCGGCGCGGCGCGUCUUUGUUCACUUAGAUCCUAACGAUUAAGGUUUACGUUGUUUAUCUUACGCUAAACUGUACCACGACAAAUCACAUCGCUUACGACUCUAUUACGGAUGCGGUAAUCUCCCUCGACUUGCGCCCACUUUUCUAUCCUACCACUCUCCGUUUGAUUCGCGUACGCAAAUUCGGCUAGAC